AAGAAUUUGAUAUCUAAAACUUGGUGGGACAUCUCGACAUCAGUGUAUUAUAGGCGCUACGUGCCACAUUGCAUAACCUCCAGAAUAGUCUAAAGCAGUGUGUGACGAACAAUUUUUAUCGUACUCUUUAUUCGCCUGUCGUACAGAUUUCUUCGUUUUACGAAGCGAUGGCAGAAUGUUACGACAAGUUGUCUUGGACAGAAGUAAGGGAUUUAUUGAGAACUUGGAGGGAAGAUUCUGAACGACGAAGUAAAGAUGUAGUAGACUUUUGGGAAAAUACUUUGAUAGGAAAGAUUGAUCGUUUGUAUAAUAUAUAUCAUGAAUAUUUUGUUUUUCAUUAUUCAGAAUAUCUAAUUCUGGAACAAGUGUGUGUAGCCGCAUUGGAUUGUUAUCGAUUACCAUUAGCUGAUUAUUGCAUUAAAAUUUUAAUGCGUGCCUUUCCUGGCAGCUUACGUGUUCACAAGUACCAUGCUAUGCAUUUGGAAGCAUUAGAAAUGUAUGAUGAGGCAAUGGAAGUUUUGGAUUCUAUUAUAAAAAGAGAUGAAACCAAUGCCGCACCAAGAAAACGUCGUGUUGCCAUUUUAAAAGCUCAAGGACGCAUUCCAGAAGCAAUCAAAGAGCUUACAGAAUAUCUGAAAAGAUUUAUGAGCGAUCAAGAAGCAUGGCACGAGUUGUGUGAUUUAUAUUUACAAGAACAGGAAUAUUCCAAAGCAGCUUAUUGUAUGGAAGAACUUAUAUUGCAUAAUCCACAUAGUCAUUUAAUUUACCAAAGAUAUGCUGAAAUAAAAUAUUCUCAGGGUGGAUUUGAAAACAUGGAACUAGCAAAAGCAUACUUCUGUCAAGCUGCGAAAUUAAAUCCAAAUAAUAUUAGAGCUUUAUAUGGCUUGUUAUUAACAACAAAUAAUAUUGCAACAUCGCCUAAAUGUCCUUCGUCCAAGAAGAAGGAAGCAAUGAAACUGAGUGAAUGGGCUAGUAGACAAAUUGAGAAACAAUAUGAAAGUAAAGUUUCAAAUGAGAACGUUAAAAACGUAGAACGUUUACUAGGACAAUUACAACUUGAAGCUUAGGUAUUACGUUAUGUAAUUAUUCUUGUAUUUAUUUUAAUUUUGUGAAAGACAUAUAUAAGCGAUAUAUGUUUAAAGACAUUGCAAUAACGAUU